AUGUCUGAACUUGGUUAUUUAUCUGCUGCACGAUAUGGCAAACAACUCGUGAAAGUUGCUAGAGUAGUCAGAGAAGGUGAUCAACAUUUCAUCGUUGAAUACGUUAUCAAAGCUCUUCUGGAAGGCGAUAUCGAAACCUCAUAUACUAAAGCAGAUAACACCGUCGUAGUAGCUACAGACAGUAUCAAAAACACAUGUAACAUCUUCGCUAAAACUUCUCCUCAUGUUUUGAACGCACCGAUCUUUGCUUUGCAUUUGGCAUUGCAUUUCGUUACUAAAUAUGAUCAUAUCAAAAAGGCUUUUAUCGAUAUUGAACAACUUAAAUGGUCGAGAAUUGAGGUGAAUGGAAAACCACACAAAUGGUCUUUCGUUCGUGAUGGAGAUGAAAAAUCAUUAGUGGAAUGUGUGGCAGAUGCAACAAACGGUCCUGAGAACGUUACUGCAGAUUUGAAAGUUGGUAUGAAAGAUCUACUGGUUCUCAAAACUAGUGGUUCUGCUUUCGAGAAUUUCUACAGGGAUGAAUUCACUACGCUUGCUGAGGUAUCCGAUCGAAUUUUCUCCACAUCAGUUUCAAUCCAAUCAGUCAUUUCCCUCCCACCCAAUAUCCCACUCACUAUUGACAAUCUGCCCGAGAUCGCAAAAGAACUUGAUUUCCCCAAAGUACUUCCUCAAAUCACAAAAGACGUCUUGGAGACUUUUGCAGAAGAUGAAAGUGCAAGUGUACAGGCCACCAUGUACGUCACGAUGCAAAAUAUUCUCAAAUCCUGUUCUGCUGUUAAGGAAGUAUCAAUGCAACUUCCCAACAAACAUUAUAUCCCAAUCAACCUUUCCGCUUUCAAACUUGAUAAUGGAUUAGGACGGGAAGGUGGUGCAGAAGUAUUCCACCCCGCUGCUGAUCCAAGUGGUUUCAUCACUGCUACCGUUACGAGGAAGUAG